UCCUCAAUUCCUCAUACACAUACACAUACAGAAAAUACAAAAAUGAAACCCCUCACCCUCCUCUCUCUCCUCCCCACCGCAUCAUCCCUCACAAUCAGCGAAAUAAACAGCAACCGCUUCCUCUCCCCCCACGCCGACAGCACCAUCUCCAACAUCGCCGGUCUCGUCACAGCCACAGGCCCCAAUGGCUUCUACAUCCGCUCCACAGACCCCGACAACGAUCCUCGCACCUCCGAAUCCAUCUACGUCUACUCCACCUCCGCCAUCUCCCAAGUCAGCGUCGGCGACAUCAUCUCCCUCUCAGCUAGAGUCUCGGAAUACCGCUCUUCGUCUGCGUACAGCUACCUAACGGAACUAACAUCGCCGUCUGAGAUUACCGUCAAAUCCACCUCGAAUACUGUAUCCCCGCUUGUCCUCGGUAAGGAUGGAUUAAGUCCGCCGACGGAGGCAUUCUCGGCGCUGGAUGUGGGCGAGGACGGUGUGCUCAGCGUACCGAAUAAUGUUAGCCAGAUUUCGAGCCAGAAUCCGAUCUUGGAACCGGGAAAGUAUGGAAUGGAUUUUUGGGAGAGUCUGAGUGGGGAGUUGGUGAGUGUUUCUGGGGCGAGGGUGAUAAGUACUCCGAAUCGGUAUGGGGAUACCUGGGUUGUUGGGGAUUGGGGGGUGUCCGGGGGGAAUGGGAGAGGUGGGUUGACGAUGAGAGCUGAUGACUCCAACCCCGAAGCAAUCAUAAUCGGCUCCCCCCUAGAUGGGACUAAGAAUCCCACCGACUCCAAACUCGGCGAUACACUGUCCAACAUCACAGGCAUCAUCACCCAGGCGUAUGGGUAUUAUACUCUCCUCCCACUGACAGCGCUGAACGUGACCGGGUCAAAUGGGACAGAAGCAGCACCUACAACACUCGUCUCGGAUGAGACUUGCACUGCGCUGUCAAUUGGGUCGUAUAAUGUGGAGAAUCUGGCGCCGGAUUCUAAGCAUCUGCCCAAGGUUGCGGCGCAUAUUGUGGAGUAUCUGAAGAGCCCGGUUUUGGUGUUUUUGCAGGAGAUUCAGGAUGAUGAUGGGCCGACUGAUGAUGGAGUAACCUCAUCAAACAAAACACUGACUACCCUAACCAACGAAAUCCAAUCCCGCAACGGCCGCAACUACACCUUCACCGACAUCCCCCCCAUAAACGACCACGACGGCGGCCAACCAGGCGGCAACAUCCGCGUUGCCUACCUCUACGAUCCAACCGUUAUCCAACUACACAACCCGAACCCUGGCUCAAACAGCGACGCCAACGACGUCCUCCCCGGCCCCGAACUCAAAUUCAACCCGGGCCUGAUCGAUCCAGGUAACGAGGCGUGGGAGUCGACUCGGAAACCGCUCGCCGCGGCGUGGGAGACGGUUGGUGAUGGUGGGAAGAAUGUGUUUUUCACGAUUAAUGUGCAUCUUACGAGUAAAGGGGGCAGUUCGUCGAUUGAGGGUGAUGCGAGACCGCCUGUUAACAAGGGUGUUGAGAAACGGACGGAGCAGGCGGAGGUUGUUGCUAACUUCACAUCAACCCUCCUCGCCACAUCCCCAGACGCGAAGAUCCUCAUAUCAGGCGACUUUAACGAAUUCGCCUUUGCGCCGCCCCUGCAAACCCUUCAGGCAAAAUCUGGACUGAAAGAUCUCGACGAUGUAGUCGGAACACCAUCUACGGAGCGCUACACGUACCUGUACGAUGCAAACUGUCAGCAGUUGGAUCAUAUGUUUGUGAGUGAGGCGUUGGGGAACGAGAAGGCGAGGAUGGAGCAUGUGCAUGUUAAUACGUGGGUUGGGUCGGCGGAGCAAGUGUCGGAUCAUGAUCCUACGGUGGCGGUUUUGGAUGUUUGUAGUUAGAUAUUAGUAUAUACAUGGGACGUUUUGGUGGUGUGGGUUUUAGUAUGGUGUUUAGUACAGUAUUUGGCUAUAGCUAUAAAGGUCUAUUCCAUUUUUCUAUAUCUAUAACUGUGGGUCUGACCUUGAAAGGGUUGUCUAUUUUUUACUAGAUAGAACUGCAUACAGUACGUGCAACAUUUCUGUGUCGAAAAUGAUCAACGAUUAUACCAGAUGAAGCUACAUAAAACUGCAUCAAGUGAUUUUAUACCCGAAAGACUAUGUCAAGCCAAGAUCAUCGAUGGUGCAGCACUGUCUGCCAUCGUCGACGGCUCCGUGCUGUAAAAGCAGAUUCACAAUUGAAACUUGAUAUAUUUGGUUAUAGUUAUGGUCGGUGCAUCCAUUCUGCUAUAUCUAGUUCAUUGCAAAGGUGGGCUUGGCUUUAAGAGAAUUGUA